AUGAAUAAUUAAAAUUAUCUUCAUUUAAUUAUUAUUAGAUUGAUGAUAAUCGUAUAAAACUUUCUAAAGAGUUAUAUGAUAAAGGUAUUUAUAUUAUAAUUAUUAUCCUUGCAGGUUAUAAAUUAUAUUAGGAAAAUAAUUUUGACAAUGCCAUUCAGAUAUUAGAUAAAUCAAUAGAAUUAAAUCCCAAUAACCAUAAUUCUUUCUGGUGAAAAGGUAGAUAGAAUAAUAAAUAAUAAAUAGGGUCAUGUUUAAGAUUAUUAAAAUAAUAUGAGAAUGCAAUCACUUAGUUGGACAAAGGAAUAGCUAUUAAUCCUGAGCAUAUAAAUAGCUUAAGUGAAAAAGGUAGAUUUAAUAAUAAUUUAAUGAAUAGGCGAGUGCUUAAGAUUAUUAAAAUAAUAUGAUGAAUCUUUAAAUUUAUUAGAUAAAGCACUCUCCAUUAAUCAGCAACAAAAUUGUCUCUUUAAUCUAAAUGUAUCUUAUAAUUUUAAUUUUUAGGGAGUUUGUUUAUUUGAUUAAAAAAAAUCUCAAGAAGCUAUGAUAUAUUAUGAACAAUCAUUAAAGAUAGACCCAAAUAAUCAAAAUACAAUAGACAAAAAAGGGUAUUGUUAACUUAUUAAAUUAGAAUUUUGUGA